AUGCUCUUAUACAGUAGAAAUCUGUUUAAUUUUCCAGACCUCUGUACUUUUGAAUUUCUGCAGUUCAAUUCUUCAUGUCCUCUGUCCCAUGGUGAUCCUGGCUACAACUCCUCACCAUCGCCUGAUGACAGAGUCCAUGUUCUGGUUUGUGUUUAUUCUGCCAAUGCCAGUGAAGUGAAAUCCUCCGUUUUAGAAAAAAUGAGGGAGAUCCGAGAAGCAGCCAGUGAGUUGGGUAUUCCUCAACUGGCUGUUCUCACCCACAUUGAUGAGGCGUGUGGUGAAACUGAAAAGAGACUGAGGAACGUCUACAACAGCAAAUAUCUGAAGAAAAAGAUGUCAGACUUCAGCUCCAAACUGGGGAUUCCAAUGAACUGCAUUCUCCCUGUGAAGAACUACAGUCAGGAUUACAACUCCGAUGAGGAUGUCAACACUCUGAUCCUGAAUGCACUGAAACUGAUGAUUAACUUUGGCGAUGACUUCAUCAACAAACUAUAAAGAGGCAGCGUGUAUUUUUGACGUGUGUCACUGCAUGAAUUAUGGCUUUGCUUACCAGGAUGAAAAAGUUCACAUUUUUUAUAAUAAAAAAAAAAAAAUGGGACAGAAUAAAACCUAAAUGUGAAAUGAAAAACUCCGAUCUCCAUGGACAGACACACUUUGUCAUGAGUUUUUGAAA